AGGAGGCUGUGCUGUGACAGUCCCAUUUUCCGCAGCCAGAACACUGGUUAGAGCCAAACUACACGCUGUCGCUUGUUGAAGAUCAUUCCUUGGCCAACCAGGUUAAAGAGAGGUUGAAAAAGGAACUAGAUAGCACUAGCGACCACUCGGCUUCCUUUUGGUGUCGAUCCCCUUGGCAGAUGUUGAUUUCCCUAUGUCGGGGGGCCCAGACGUGGCCAUUGUAUGCAUCUGUUUCUUGCAGGAAAAAUGAUAUAGAUUCUCAUCCUUGGAGACCGCCGGGAUAUGUUUUCUUUUUUUCUCCCUUUCGUAUAUCUGCCACAUGGUUAACCCAAGUAAACAACGGUGUUGCCUUCUCUUCAGCCGACCACGUUUCAAGUCCUGAACCUAAAUCCUGGUUGACGAAGAAGGCCUGUCUAUCCGAAGGUUCGCUAUCUUCAUCCAACUCCACCCCAUGAAACACAGCCCACCGACCCCGGACUUCAAGGCCAGCUUUCUUCCACUUGUCAUCACUUGCCAAGAUCCCACUCACUGCGUGAGAGUCUGAGCCGGUCAGCGAUGUCCUAUUUCCAACGCACUGGGAAAGGAGAUGCUUGGGGAUGGAGGCCUUGGCGAACCCACCGAUCAGCGGCUGACUCGCGGAUAGUCAGCCUCUGAGUUCAUGUUGUCAUGAUUGACUUUAGACUUUAAAGUCCUGGUCAGGCCCGUCGGAGGAACGCCGCUACGAAAACCGCAUGCAGUCCAUGACGCCUUCGGAUGGUGCCAAGGGUUUGCCAAGAUG